AUGAAGUUCACCACCACCGCCGCCAUUGCUACCGCAGCUGCCGUUGUCUCUGCUCUUCCCCAAGCCAACACUCAAUCCCCCAAGAUCACCGACGGCGCCUUCACUCUCAUGAGCCUUCGCACCGGUACUCCUAUCCAGUUCGGCAACGUCCAAGCAGCAGACAGCUCCCUCUACAUCAAUGCGAAGGACCUGAACUUCAGAUGCGGCACCACAGGUCCCAACGCACAAUUCGGACUCUCCAACGGUACCCUUAGCCUGUGGACCAACAUCCCCCCUCAGGUCAUGUACGUCGACCGCUCCGGCAUGGGCCAGGGUGUCCUCAAAUAUACCACCGGUGUGGAGCCUCUCCCCAAGAACGCCGAACGCCAGGGAUGGGUCCUCGACGAGCAGAACCAACUCACCUUUGUCUCGCCCGCUGGUGACAAGUACGGCCUCCAGGCGUGCAGUGGUGCUGCCAACGGUGGUUACAAAAUCUGGCUCUCAGGCACACCCAACCCCGCUGGCAACACCGACUGCAUUCCCUUCUCUGCUCAGGCUCUCAAGGUGGAGAACCCCCAAACCUGCAUGUACACUUAG